UCUUUCGUGUUGCACUGUUAGCGAGCAGCUAGCUAGCUCACCCUGUGUGUUUUCUGGUCUUAAAAUAUGGCACCGACGAAGAAGGUGAAGAAGGUGGUGAACCAGGAGGAGCUGCGGCGCCUGAUGCGGCAGAAACAGAGACAGACGACGGAUAAGAAGCGCGUCGAGUCCCCGUUCGCGAAGUACAACAGCCUGGAGCACCUGAGCUGCGUGCUGUGCGGGGUGCAGGUGAAGUCCGACCUGCUGUGGCCGGCUCACGUCCUCGGGAAGCAGCACAAAGAGAAGGUGGCGGAGCUGAAGGUGGCGAAGAGUCAACCCAUGCCUCCACCGAGCCAGCCGCUGAAGAGGAGGGCGCCGGACAGCGGGGACGGCAAAGGGAAGAAGGCGAAAGCAGCAGCGGCGGCCGCGGGGCAGUCUGAGUCCGGGCUGCCGGGGGAUUUCUUCGAGCGACCCGGAGAGAAGGCAGCUGGUUCUGCUCCUAAAUCUGCAGGGUUGAGUCUCCUGGCUGGAGUAUAUGGAGAUGAUGAUGAUGAUGAUGAAGCGGAUGCUGGAGAGGGAAGUCAAGCAGGAACCUCAAAGCCUGCUGCCCCGAAGGCUGAAGCUGCAGGGCUGCCAUCGGACUUCUUUGACAGCUCCAUCCCGUCCACACCCUCCGUCUCCCAUUCCGGAUCCAUCCACAAAGCAGAAGUGACGGAGAAGAGCCAGAACAAGAAAGAGGCCAACAAGAUGGAGAUGGCCGAGGCGCUGCCGGAGGGCUUCUUCGACGACCCGGUGCGAGAUGCGAAAGUGCGCAAGGUGGAUGCUCCCCAGGAUCAGAUGGACAAGGAGUGGGACGAGUUCCAGAAGGAGAUCAGACAGGUGAACACCAAGUCCGAUGCCAUCGUGGCUGAGGACGACGAGGAGGGACGUCUGGAGCGACAGAUCGACGAAAUCGAUGAACAGAUUCAGUGUUACAAGAGGGUUGAGCUGCUGAGGGACAAGCGCGAUGUGGUGAAAAAACAACCUCUGUCCAGGAGUGAUGAACAAAUGGAGACCGAGGACAUGAUUGAGGAUGAAGAGGGGGACGAAGAGGAGCUGCUGGGCCUUCUGUCCGGGGACUGGAGGGCUAAGGGGGCACUGGCAUAAAGUUCUGUUAAACAUUUUGUCCAAAAUGUUUUCAAAGUGUUUGAGAUAUUUUUUUGUACAUGCUCUAAAUCUGUAAAUAUGUUUGUUAAUGGAAA